UUUCCUCUUCAAUUUAUUUUCUCUUUUUUUACAAAGAGAAUAAAUUGUAAAAUUUGUAAUUAGUAUAACGUAUUAUAGAAAUAAUUAUUUAUGAAUUUAUCAUUUAAAGGUGUAACAUUUCGAUAUUGUAAUAAUUGAGAAUUUGCAUUUUAUCAUAUGAAUUUUUCUCCCUUAAAUCCGCAAUUUUACCGCAACACGACUCUAAUCGCGUUUUCUUAACUUCGCGAAGCUUAGAUCUCAUUUUUCGCCGCACGUGAGGUUCGCAGAACCUCCCAGACCGGGCACGGUCGUUACGAAGCGUGUAACACGACGGAGUGGUUAAUAGAGCGAAACUAGGGCGGGAUAAUUAACGUCGCACCAAAAGUUCGCGCGUUCGCAAAUUGGGCGGAGCAGGGGGCCAAUCGGGGAAAAUCGGCGGCGACGCAUCCGCGACGUGUUCAGCGUCGCGCGGCGCGACUCGAUCGACUGACAACGUUCACCAAGCCGGCGUUUCAUAAACGCAUUUAUUAUGACUCCCAGAGCGAGUAAUUUCGCCCCCGGUGCGGGGCCCCCACCACGUAUAAACAAUUUCUCGGCCCGCCUCGAUGAGCCAGAGUUUUAUGCGCUAUCGGUCACGAUACCGAUUCCGCCUGAUUCCGCCCGGCGAGACGCACGCGAGUUAUCCAGCCAGAAAGAGAAACUCGAUGCAGAGAGCGCCGGCAUUGUGUACCAAAUUGAAAAAUGUCUUAAUUGAAUUUCAGCUUCGCAUGUGCGUGUUCAGUAUAUCGCGAAGGUUAAUGUCACGAUCGACGACGCGUAGAUUUUUGCGGCACAAUAACUCUCGUGGCACGAAUGUCACUCAGCGAAUCGAUACAGAACAGUCUCCGAGCGGCCGUAUACAGGAAAUAAUUCAGGGGCUAUUUCGGGAUAAGGAAUUGCCUAAAGCCGCGGUGCCGAGCAACCAACCAUCCGCGCGCUGGUCGAAGGUGAACUGACGCCGCGGCCGAUUUGUAUCGCCGAUUGCAGCGCGGACGAUAAUGAGAAGCGUUAACGGCACCUCGUUAACGAUUAGACAGUACUAUGCGAAUUUUCACGACUGAUUUUCCCAACUUGAUAAGUAUAAGGAAAUGAAAGAUCAAAGGAAUACGUUUACCGAUCCUCGUCGAAUUUGAAAUAAAUUUUUCUACGGCGAGAAUUAAUCUGGCGUAUAAUUGUAUAUAUACGGAAAUUAAAUGUCUUGCGAGGAAGUUACAGUAUUAAAAAUCAACAGCAGAAUUUAAUGUAAUGUAACGGAGAAGCAAAUUUCAAGCAGGUACAUUAAAAACAUUUAAUAUACAUUUAAUGUGAAUUUAAUGUUGCCAAGAGUGCAUUAAAUUUCAUGCGCAUGCCUCUCAAUUAUAAGUAAAUACAUUUAAUUUAAUGUGUAGCUUAAAAAUACAUCGAAUUUCAUGACAUUUUUAGCAGUGCAGAGAAUCAUCCAUCGAAUAUAAAAUUAAUAUAAAUUCGCAAAAAUCA